CAAAGUUAUUAGUCUUUCUUUUCUUUUUCUCCCCACAGGUAUCAAGCAUGAUGGGACUAUGUGUGAUACUUGUCGACAGCAACCUAUCAUUGGCAUCCGAUGGAAAUGUGCUGAAUGCACAAAUUAUGACUUGUGCACAGUUUGCUAUCAUGGGGACAAACAUCACUUGAGGCAUCGUUUUUACAGAAUUACCACACCAGGAAGUGAAAGGGUAUUGUUGGAGUCUCGUCGUAAAUCAAAGAAAAUUACAGCAAGAGGAAUCUUUGCAGGUGCCAGGGUGGUGCGAGGAGUUGACUGGCAAUGGGAAGAUCAAGAUGGUGGCAAUGGGCGUAGAGGAAAGGUAACUGAAAUCCAAGAUUGGAGUGCGUCGAGUCCACAUAGUGCAGCAUAUGUUCUUUGGGACAAUGGUGCUAAAAACCUUUACAGAGUUGGCUUUGAGGGCAUGUCUGACCUGAAAUGUGUCCAAGAUGCAAAAGGAGGCUCCUUCUACAGGGACCAUUGUCCUGUGUUAGGUGAGCAAAAUGGUAACAGAAACCCUGGUGGGCUGCAAAUAGGUGACCUUGUAAACAUUGACCUUGAUUUGGAAAUUGUACAGUCUUUGCAGCAUGGUCAUGGAGGAUGGACUGAUGGCAUGUUUGAAACUUUAACAACAACUGGAACAGUUUGUGGCAUUGAUGAGGAUCAUGACAUUGUAGUACAAUAUCCAAGUGGCAACAGGUGGACAUUUAAUCCAGCUGUUCUCACCAAAGCCAAUGUUGUCCGAAGUGGAGAUGCUGCUCAAGGUGCAGAAGGAGGUACUUCUCAGUUUCAAGUGGGUGACCUUGUUCAAGUAUGUUAUGACUUAGAGCGAAUCAAGCUUCUUCAGAGAGGUCAUGGAGAGUGGGCUGAAGCAAUGCUUCCAACUUUAGGUAAAGUUGGUCGGGUCCAACAGAUCUAUUCAGACAGCGACUUAAAGGUAGAGGUUUGUGGUACAUCUUGGACAUAUAAUCCAGCAGCUGUCUCAAAGGUGGCAUCAGCAGGAUCUGCUAUAAGUAAUGCAUCCGGUGAGAGAUUGUCCCAACUAUUGAAGAAAUUAUUUGAAACCCAAGAAUCUGGAGACCUCAAUGAAGAAUUGGUUAAAGCUGCUGCCAAUGGAGAUGUUGCUAAAGUGGAAGACCUGCUAAAGAGACCAGAUGUAGAUGUGAAUGGACAAUGUGCUGGACACACAGCUAUGCAAGCCGCUAGUCAGAAUGGCCAUGUCGACAUUUUGAAGUUGCUUCUGAAACAGAAUGUGGAUGUAGAAGCAGAGGACAAAGAUGGAGACAGGGCCGUCCAUCAUGCAGCCUUCGGUGAUGAGGGUGCUGUGAUAGAGGUUUUGCACCGAGGCAGUGCAGAUUUGAAUGCUCGCAACAAACGCAGGCAGACUCCACUUCAUAUUGCUGUCAACAAAGGUCAUCUGCAAGUUGUGAAGACUUUACUGGACUUUGGCUGCCAUCCUAGCCUCCAGGAUUCUGAAGGUGACACUCCACUUCAUGACGCAAUAAGCAAAAAGCGUGAUGACAUCCUUGCUGUAUUGUUAGAAGCUGGAGCAGAUGUUACUAUCACCAACAACAAUGGGUUUAAUGCUCUUCACCAUGCUGCACUAAGAGGAAACCCUAGUGCAAUGCGUGUAUUGUUGUCCAAGUUACCACGACCAUGGAUUGUUGAUGAGAAAAAAGAUGAUGGUUACACUGCCUUGCAUCUGGCAGCUCUCAAUAAUCAUGUGGAAGUGGCUGAACUUUUGGUGCAUCAGGGCAAUGCUAACCUGGAUAUCCAGAAUGUUAACCAGCAAACUGCUCUGCACCUUGCCGUUGAACGACAGCAUACACAAAUUGUUAGGCUCUUAGUCCGUGCAGGUGCUAAGCUGGAUAUUCAGGAUAAAGAUGGGGAUACUCCCCUGCAUGAAGCCCUGAGACACCACACCCUGUCACAGCUCCGCCAACUCCAAGACAUGCAAGAUGUGGGCAAGGUAGAUACUGCUUGGGAGCCAUCAAAGAACACAUUAAUAAUGGGACUUGGCACUCAGGGAGCAGAGAAGAAGAGUGCAGCAUCUAUUGCCUGCUUCCUGGCAGCCAACGGAGCUGACCUCAGCAUUCGUAAUAAGAAGGGUCAGUCUCCUCUCGACCUCUGCCCUGAUCCUAGUCUCUGCAAAGCAUUGGCUAAAUGUCACAAAGAAAAAGUCAGUGGUCAGGUUGGUUCCCGAAGUCCAUCUAUGAUCAACAAUGAUUCUGAAACCUUAGAAGAAUGUAUGGUGUGUUCAGAUAUGAAGAGAGAUACUCUGUUUGGCCCAUGUGGACACAUUGCCACGUGUUCUCUGUGCUCACCACGGGUGAAAAAAUGCCUCAUCUGUAAAGAACAAGUUCAGUCUAGGACAAAGAUUGAAGAAUGUGUAGUAUGUUCAGACAAAAAGGCAGCAGUGCUUUUCCAGCCUUGUGGUCAUAUGUGUGCCUGUGAGAAUUGUGCAAGCUUGAUGAAGAAAUGUGUCCAGUGUCGGGCAGUGGUUGAGCGAAGAGUGCCUUUCAUAAUGUGCUGCGGAGGGAAAGGUACAGAAGAUACCACUGAUGAUAUUUCAAGUGGAAACAUUCCAGUUUUGCAGAAAGACAAAGACAACACCAACGUCAAUGCGGAUGUACAGAAGCUGCAGCAACAGUUACAAGACAUCAAGGAACAGACUAUGUGUCCUGUCUGUUUGGACCGUCUGAAGAAUAUGAUCUUUCUCUGCGGCCAUGGAACAUGUCAACUUUGUGGAGACCGAAUGAGUGAAUGCCCUAUAUGCCGCAAAGCAAUUGAACGAAGGAUCCUUUUGUAUUAAGUAGUGGAACCAGUGUCUUUUAUUAGCUUAUGAAAUAGUAAGGACAUUUUGAUGAUUUAAAUCUCCGUCAGUUUGAAAGGCAGUAAAGGGUUCUAAUGAAAACAUUUCUAAUACUGUAGCACAGGUUCAUUACAUGGUAAUUGUUUAAAGACUGUGAACACACCAAAUAGGAGAACAGUAUUUGAACAGUCAGCUUUUAGCUUUACUCUUAAAAACUAUCUAAGCCGGAAGCUAAUUUAAAGCAGUCUUUUUUUCAUUUUCUUUCUGUUGUCUUCUUUCCCUUAAAGUUUAAAGGGACAAU